AUGCAGGGCGCCGGCCAGAAGGCCCAGCCCCCCGCAUCGCGUCCACCAGACCCCAACGGUGGGCAAAGGCGUUCACCGGUGAUGUCUUCGUCUCCAAAUGGCCGGGACGAAAAGGAGGCGCAGCAUCCCAAGAAGAAAGCGAAAAACGUCCGAGAGAACCCGACCUAUGAACCAGAUCCGAUGAUGGAAGAUUCUACUACUGUGCAACAACCUAGAGAGACGGAGAAUGUCGACGGCAGCCAAGCUGUGAGCCCGAGAUCUGCUCCGCAAUCAGCUUGGGGGGCAGGGACGAAGAAGAAGUUGUUUAGCGACAUGCUAACGGAGGACUCAUGGUACGUUGCAGACUCUGAUUCCGAAGACGUAGCUAUGGCACUGAAAGAGGAUGAUUUGGACGAUGAAGUUCUUGAAAAUGAUGACCCGACUUGCCCUACCAUCCCUUUCACAUCAAUGGAAAAGCUACGAUACAGGCGUAAAUGGCGUUCAGCCCUGAUCGUUAAGCAGGCAAGAUCAGCUCAGGUUCAAGGUUUGAAGGCCUAG